GCCACGAGAGCAAGUCACGGAAUUGGCGGGGUGGAAGCGGCAGCGUCAGGCGGACUCGCGUCUCCAUACAUUGCGGGGGAGGGAGAGAGAGUUUUCGGCAGAGGCGCGCGCCAUCAGCCACCAGGUGGAAAUGGAGCGGCGAUGAAGACGAAUGACGGAUUGCGGGCGGAACAUGGCAGCAGGAGCGGAUUAGCGAGGGAAGCGGUCGAACCGGACUUGUACCCCGUGGCCCGUGCAAUGGAACGGCCGGUUUAGUGGUUCAGCCGGGUUUCAUGUAUCGGUUCAGUUGUAUUCCUCUGGAGAUCUUCGAUCUCCGCAUCUCGAGAUGGUGAAAACUGUGGUCGGUGACGAAGCCCAGUUGAAGGCGGCGGAGGAUCGCCUGUUCCAAUCCGGUGUCUCCGCCGAGGUUGGGCUUGUGAUCGGGAAUCUGAGCGCCAAUUCCGACCGAGGAUUUGUAUACUAUUUGAUACCCACGCCGCCCACCGAUGGGGGAGGACCUGCGUGCUCACUUAAACGUGAAGUCUCCGGAAAUUUUGGCAAAGAUGGGAAGAAAGGAUCGAAGGGUGCGAAGCCGGCUUCCGAGGCGCCGGCUUCUCUCGUCAUCGACGCUGAUUGGGUUGCUGAGCACGCUAGGCAGGUUUCAAGAAUGCUGUUGGGUGGAAUGAGCGUUGCUGGGAUCUAUUUAUGGGCCUCUGAGGCGAGUUUUAAGGCCACUUCACCUGUUGUGCUUGCUCAGGCUGUUAAAGGGGUUGCACAAGCUGCACCUUUUCAUGACAGUGAGUUUGGCGAAAGAUUGCUUAUUCAUGUAUCCUAUAGCCCAAGAAGGUGGUCCUGCCGAAUCUGUACUGUGUCAGCAGGCAGUUUGCAUCCAUGCGACUUCAAGAUGAGCAAGCUUAUAGCCUCGCUUCAAGCUUUUAAAUGCACUUACAAUUUUGACAUAAGAUUACCUAUUUAUCAAGAUGGUACUUUAAGGGUAACUCUGAAGGACAUAAUAUACAAAGGAAUUACUAAUCUUUCGAAAGAUUUACAAUGUGCCAAAUUUUUGAUAAAUGGUCAUAUGGUGACUGAGGACCUACAACUAUUGUCAAAAAGCACGCAUGACGUUGAGUUCCUCGUUCCUUUCAACAAAACUAUGUCUAGUGGAGACUAUAACUGUGGAAUUUCAUCAUAUAAAGAAUUCAGCUCAGAGGAGAUGGCAGGCCUAGUUUCCUUCAAUGGUUCGGUUGUUGCUUUUGCAUACCUGGCUCCGAGAGAACCUUUUUUGCAAGCUAUAUCAGACUUAAAGUGUGAUAUAACUUCCACACUAAGGAGUAGAUUGGAAAUGAUUGCUGAUGAGGCAGAAGAAGGUGCUUUGUCGACUAAUGCUGGAGCAGAGAAGCCUAUCCAUCAACUUACUUUGGAUGAGCUAAGGAAACCAUGUUCCGUAACUUUUCCAAGACGAGUACUUGUUCCCUGGUUGGAUGGCCUAUUCAUAUGCGAUUAUCUACAGGCAUCAGAGACUUCUGAGGAUAUAAAAGAUCACUGCAAAGAGAUGAUGGCAAUGGAAGCCCCAAUCGAGGUCUCAACAGUGGUUGAUCUUGAAACUACACCAAGCGACAUGAUUGCCAGAUCAUUCUGGCAUGUUGCACAUGAACAUUUACCAUCUCCAUCUCCUGCUGUUGAAUGCAGAAAACAGCACCCAACCAAGGCAGUCCAAACUGCACGAUCACAAACCAGCAAUUUCUACUUUCUUUUAGCUAUUCUUGUGCUCGUGUCAGCUCUUGUGGUUGGAUGGGCUAUCGGAGUCUUUGGACCAGUGAAUACUCCUAGUUAACUGGAUCAAUAUUCGAUGGGUUAGCAUUUUUAAGAUGCAAAUGAGAUAAGUUCAUCAGAUUGAGGUCAUUAGCUUUGUCAAUGUAACUUUUUUUUAGCAGAAUGUUGUGUGAUCUAGCUUUAUGUAUCUUCUUGAACAUGAAAAGAGAGAUGUAAACAUGAGAGAUUAAACUUUGUUUCGAAAAUAUUCUUUGUUGGAGGGUGAAAAAAAAUUCAGGGCAAAUGAGGAAAAUUUCCUAUGUGAACAAUUUCUAGGGAAAGUUCUUUCUUCUCUUUUCAUUUCUAGGGAAAAUUCCUUGUCUUUUCCUGAGUUUUGAAUAAAAAUUUUGUUUUGAUUUCAA